UCUCUCUCUCUCUCUCUCUCUCUCUCUCUGUCUCUCUCGCUCACUCACACGCACACGCGAUCUCAUCUCACAUCAGUCUACACACUGGAGGAGAAGAACAGAGCCUUGCCUGCGCGCCCCCUCCCUGCCCACCCGCGCGACCAGGGACCCCGGACCGCCCGGCCAUGCUAACCCUAAAGCGCUUCCUCGCCUGCCUGCAGCUCCUGAGCGUCUGCCGCCUGGAUUGGGCUUAUGGAUACUACAGACAACAGAGAAAACUUGUUGAAGAGAUUGGCUGGUCCUACACAGGAGCACUUAAUCAGAAAAAUUGGGGAAAGAAAUAUCCAACAUGUAAUAGCCCAAAACAAUCACCUAUCAACAUUGAUGAAGAUCUUACACAAGUAAAUGUGAACCUUAAGAAACUUAAAUUUCAGAACUGGGAUAAAAGCUCUUUGGAAAACACAUUCAUCCAUAACACUGGGAAAACAGUGGAAAUUAAUCUCACGAAUGACUACCGUCUCAGUGGAGGACUUUCAGAAGUACUGUUCAAAGCGAGCAAAAUAACUUUUCACUGGGGAAAAUGCAAUAUGUCAUCUGAUGGAUCAGAACAUAGUUUAGAAGGGCAAAAAUUUCCACUAGAGAUGCAAAUCUACUGCUUUGAUGGAGACCGAUUUUCAAGUUUUGAGGAAGCAGUUAAAGCAAAAGGGAGGUUAAGAGCUUUAUCCAUUUUAUUCGAGGUUGGAAUGGAAGAAAACUUGGAUUACAAGGCCAUUAUUGAUGGGAUUGAGAAUGUUAGUCGCUUUGGAAAGCAAGCUACCUUAGACCCAUUCACUUUGCUGGACCUUUUACCAAACUCCACUGACAAGUACUACAUUUACAAUGGCUCCUUGACAUCCCCGCCCUGCACAGACACGGUGGAAUGGAUUGUAUUUAAGGACACCGUGAGCAUCUCCGAAAGCCAGUUGGCUGUGUUUUGUGAGGUUCUCACAAUGCAGCAGUCAGGGUAUGUCAUGCUGAUGGACUACUUACAGAACAAUUUCCGGGAACAACAGUACAAGUUCUCUAGGCAGGUGUUUUCCUCAUACACCGGAAAGGAAGAGAUUCACGAAGCAGUUUGCAGUUCAGAACCAGAAAAUGUGCAGGCUGACCCAGAAAAUUAUACCAGCCUUCUUGUCACCUGGGAAAGACCUCGGGUUGUUUAUGAUACCAUGAUUGAGAAAUUCGCAGUUCUCUACCAACAGUUAGGGGGAGAAGACCAAACCAAGCAUGAAUUUUUAACAGAUGGAUAUCAAGACUUGGGUGCUAUCCUCAACAAUUUAAUACCCAAUGUGAGUUAUGUUCUUCAAAUAGUAGCCAUAUGUAGUAAUGGCUUAUAUGGAAAGUCUAGUGACCAGCUGGUAGUGGACAUGCCUACUGAUGAUGCAGCUCCCAAAGCAUUUUGUAAACUUGACCUUUUUCCAGAAUUAAUUGGAACUGAAGAAAUAAUAAAGGAGGAAGAAAGAAGAAAAAACACUGGAGAAGACACUGUUGCAAAUCCUGGUAGAGAUACUGCCACAAACCAAAUAAGAAAAAAGGAAACCCAAGCUUCUACCACAACUCAUUAUAAUCACAUUGGGACUAAAUACAACGAAGCCAAGACCAACCGAUCUCCAACAAGAGGAAGAGAAUUCUCUGGAAAGGGCUAUGUUCCUAACACCUCUUUAACCUCCACUGUCCACCCAGUCAUUGAACUAGACACGGAAAAGGAAAUGUCUUUGCCUUCUGAGACUGUGACUGCACUUCCACCACAGACCGUGAAUGACGGCUCUAAAAGUGUCCUUAUAAUUCCUCGGAUGAACUUGUCUGGGACCGAGGAGUCUUUAAACACAAGUCCUAUCACAGAGUAUCAAGAGCUGUCUACUGACCUGGGAGAGGAAGAGAGCUUAUUGACUGAUUUCAAGUAUGAUACUGCAACUGAUGAUUAUUCAGGCUCCAGACCAACGCCAUCCACCAUCCCACUCUUUUCUGAAAACUUAUCUCGUGGGUACAUAUUUCCUUCAGAAAUCCCGGAAACCAUUCCAUAUGAUGUCCUUCAACCAGAAUCCACAAGGAAUGCUUCAGAUGAUUUAGCUUCAUCUGGUUCAGAAGAUGUGCUGAAGGACCCUUCUAUGGAGGGCAGUGUGUGGUUUCCUGGCUCCCCAGAUGUGACCACACAGCCUGAUGUGGGUUCUGGUAGUGAGAGCAUUCUCCAAGCUAAUUACACUGAGAUGCAUAUGAAUGAAUCCAAGACGACAACUGAGUCCUUUCCUUCAGGCCCUGUGGUGUCCCAGAGUCCUUCAGCCACAGAUCUGGAGAUGCCACGUUAUUCUACCUUUACCUACCUCCCAACAGAGAGAACGCCUUAUGCUUUCACUCCAUCCCCUGGACAACGUGAUUUGGUCCCCACGAUCAACAUGGUACACUCGCAGACAACUCAACCUGUGUACAAUGAAGCCAGUAAUAGUAGCCAUGAGUCUCGUAUUGGUCUAGCUGAGGGGUUGGAGUCUGAGAAGAAGGCGGUUAUACCUCUUGUGAUCGUGUCAGCCCUGACUUUUAUCUGUCUAGUGGUUCUUGUUGGUAUUCUCAUCUACUGGAGAAAAUGCUUCCAGACUGCACACUUUUAUUUAGAGGAUAGCACAUCCCCUCGAGUAAUAUCCACACCACCAACACCUGUCUUUCCAAUUUCAGAUGAUGUUGGAGCAAUACCAAUAAAACACUUUCCAAAGCAUGUUGCAGAUUUACAUGCAAGUAAUGGGUUUACUGAAGAAUUUGAGACACUGAAAGAGUUUUACCAGGAAGUACAGAGCUGUACUGUUGACUUAGGUAUCACAGCCGACAGCUCAAACCAUCCAGAUAACAAGCAUAAGAACCGAUACAUCAAUAUUGUUGCUUAUGAUCAUAGCAGGGUUAAGCUUGCACAACUUGCUGAAAAGGAUGGAAAACUGACCGAUUAUAUCAAUGCCAAUUAUGUUGAUGGUUACAACAGACCAAAGGCUUACAUAGCUGCCCAAGGUCCUCUGAAAUCCACAGCUGAAGACUUCUGGAGAAUGAUUUGGGAGCAUAACGUGGAAGUUAUUGUCAUGAUAACCAACCUUGUUGAGAAAGGAAGGAGAAAAUGUGACCAGUACUGGCCUACUGAUGGUAGUGAAGAGUAUGGAAACUUUCUUGUCAAUCAGAAGAAUGUUCAAGUGCUUGCCUAUUAUACCGUGAGAAGUUUUACCCUAAGAAAUACAAAGUUAAAAAAGGGCUCCCAGAAAGGAAGACCCAGUGGGCGUGUGGUCACACAGUAUCACUACACUCAGUGGCCUGACAUGGGAGUGCCAGAGUACUCACUGCCAGUGUUGACCUUCGUAAGAAAGGCGGCCCACGCCAAGCGCCACGCUGUGGGGCCUGUUGUUGUUCACUGCAGUGCUGGUGUUGGGAGAACAGGCACUUAUAUUGUCCUAGACAGUAUGUUGCAACAAAUUCAACACGAAGGAACUGUCAAUAUAUUUGGCUUCUUAAAGCAUAUUCGGUCACAAAGAAAUUACUUGGUGCAAACUGAGGAACAGUAUGUGUUCAUCCAUGAUACACUAGUUGAAGCCAUCCUCAGUAAAGAAACGGAGGUGCCAGAUAAUCAUACUCAUGCCUAUGUUAAUGCACUCCUCAUCCCAGGACCAACAGGCAAAACAAAACUAGAGAAGCAAUUCCAGCUUCUAAGUCAGUCAAACAUACAGCAGACUGAUUAUUGUACAGCCCUAAAGCAGUGCAACAGGGAGAAGAACAGAACUUCCUCCAUUAUCCCCGUGGAAAGAUCAAGGGUGGGCAUUUCGUCCCUGAGUGGAGAAGGCACUGACUACAUCAAUGCCUCCUAUAUCAUGGGUUAUUACCAGAGCAAUGAAUUCAUCAUCACCCAGCAUCCACUUCUUCACACCAUCAAGGAUUUCUGGAGAAUGAUAUGGGACCAUAAUGCUCAGCUGGUAGUGAUGAUUCCUGAUGGUCAAAACAUGGCAGAAGAUGAAUUUGUUUACUGGCCAAAUAAAGAUGAACCUAUCAACUGUGAAAGCUUUAAGGUCACUCUUAUGGCUGAAGAACACAAAUGUCUAUCUAAUGAGGAAAAACUCAUAAUUCAAGAUUUUAUCUUAGAAGCUACACAGGAUGAUUAUGUACUUGAAGUGAGGCAUUUCCAGUGUCCCAAAUGGCCGAAUCCAGAUAGUCCCAUUAGUAAAACUUUUGAACUGAUAAGUAUUGUGAAAGAAGAAGCUACCAACAGGGAUGGGCCCAUGAUUGUUCAUGAUGAACAUGGAGGAGUGACUGCAGGAACUUUCUGUGCUCUGACGACGCUCAUGCACCAACUAGAAAAAGAAAAUUCUGUGGAUGUUUAUCAAGUAGCCAAGAUGAUCAACUUGAUGAGGCCAGGAGUCUUUGCUGACAUUGAGCACUACCAGUUUCUCUACAAAGUGGUCCUGAGCCUUGUCAGCACAAGGCAGGAGGAGAAUCCAUCUACUUCCCUGGACAGUAAUGGUGCAGCUUUGCCUGAUGGGAAUAUAGCUGAGAGCUUAGAGUCUUUAGUUUAAUGCAAAAUGUGUGGGAGAGCCCACAGCCCAGCACUGUUUUCCUAUUUCUCAGAUUGAAGGAUGGAGUCAGUUCUGUUAUCCGUUCAUCUCCCACACCUGACAGUAACUUUCAUGACAUAGGAAUCUGCUGCCAAAUUUACAUCAUUAAUAAUGUGUGCCUUCCUGAAAGACUUCUUAUAAUUCACUUAUUAUGUUUGAACUAAAAUGAUUGAAUUUUACAAUAUUUCUAAGAAUGGAAUUGUUGUAUUUUUUCCCAUAUUGAUUUUAACAGAAAUUACCAGUUUGUAGAUUUUAGGAAUUCCCAACUACAGAAAAUGUUUGGAAUUGGUGUGUAUGUGUGUGUGCGUAUCCAACUUUUUAGCUAUAUUUGUAGCAGUCAUUAGGUUGGCAAGAAAGAUAACUUUUAAUUAGUAGACCGUAAAAACCACUUUGUUCCCUAUGUUCAACAUUUUAAAACCACAGUAUUGACCUAAACUAGGCAUAAUCGGAUACUUACUGUACAUACUGUUCCAGUGUGUCCAUGGACCAAUUUAUAUUUAUAAUUGUAGAUUUUUAUAUUUUACUACUGAGUCUGUUUUCUAGUUCUGUGUACUUGUUUAGUUUCAUGGCUUGGUUCCUUGUACGGUUUUGUUCUCCAAGUCUGCUGAUACUGUAUUACCUAAGCGAUUAACUCUGUUUCAGCAUGUAAUUUUAACUUUUGUGUCAAAUAAAUAUACACUUGUUUUGAAAGACCUUUUUAUGAGAAUCACUCCUUACCAAACUUUGUUUAAAUGGUUUUUAUCCAAGGAAUUGCAAAAAUAAAUAUAAAUAUUGCCAUUCGUUUGUGUAUGCUUAUGAAAUUUUGUGUUGGAGCAUGUAUGGCUGAAAACUGGGGACUCCAGUCCCACCAGCAUGAUGAAAGUAAAAGAAAAGGAUAGCAGAAGGGCAGAAAGUACAGAGUUGUGGUUCUCAAAUGGUGUUUCUUGUGAAAAAAGCAUUAUUUUUAGUACAACACAGCAACAUACACUGGCACUAUAGUUUCCUAGUGUUAGUUAAAUGUUUUAAUUCUAACUGUUUAAUCACCAGACCAAUGCAUACUUCUUUUGGCUUCUGAAGGAAUUAUGGUCUAAAUGUUCACAUCUCCCAGAAUGUACAUGCUUGAACCCUCAUUUCUAAGGCCAUGGUUAUUAGGAUGUGAGAUCCUUAGGGGAUUAGAGCCCUCUUGAAUGGGAUUAGCACCCUCCCCAUCCCUUAGUCUCAUUUCAUUUUUCUUUAGGACACUGGUGUUUUCUGAACCUUUAUUUUACAUUCAUUUGAAUCGAUUUUUGUCUAAAACAAAAGCAUUCUAAUGGUCUUUGGAAUCCAGACACUGUAAGUCACAAUAAAUCUACUGUUUGGGUCAAGA